AUGAUCUCUCUGACAAUUCUACUCGCAGUGGUGGGACUAGCCGCCAGUGGCACCGCCAGUGACACCAGCUACAACAAGAUCAUCAACUUCCCCGCAGCUAGCAAAGCCAACUACAUCAGCUUCAACCCUGAACUUUCUACCCUGACUGGAUUAACUACUGGAAAUGCCGUCAUCAAUAUCAACGGAAAAGCAGUCAUUACUGCCGUGGUCAAGAAAGGAAAAGCUUUGACAGCAGGAGGUACUUUUGUUAUCGGACAGGAGCAGGACAGAGUAGGAGGAGGGUUCGACUCUACCCAAACCUACAUUGGAAACCUCUACAACAUCAACAUGUGGGACAGAGCUCUCACUCAAGCUGAAAUUGCUUCUAUGUUCAAUGAAGGUAUUUGUGGGAUCUUCUUUGCUGGUUUGAGUGGUUCGGAACCCAUCAUCUCUUACGCUGAUAUUCUGGCCAAAGAAAUGCAUGGAGACGUAUCCGUCGUUGAUGGGGAGUGCGAUGUUGUCGAAUGCCCCGAGACAACCUUGUUACGUAUUGAGGCACUGAGGCACUUGAGGCAGCACUUUGAGGCACUUGAGGCAGCACUUUGA